AUGGCGGUCGGUCGACGCAACGGACGGGGAGGGGGGAAGCUUGGAGGGAAGGUUAGCACCACUGCUGACAACACCCCUCUGACAAGCACAGAACUUUCUCCUGAGAAAAGUCCAGUGGUCUCAGCACAAGCCUCGCCUCAAGCUCUUCCCAAGUCGGCUACUGGCAUGUUGGACGAGUCGGCGAAAGUCUCCCUGCAAGAACGUUUAUCUGCUCUGAAGGUCAACUGGCUUAAGGACAGAGAGGAGGAAGGUGAUGUGACUAAGCAUCCGCAGCCGAGCACGUCAUCUGCUGGUCUGCCAGAUCGUGCGGCUGAGGUAUCUGAGGGUGUGACAGCGGGUUGCAGCAAGUAUGCAGAUGACGAUGAGUGCUGGGACAGUGACGACGACGACGAUUUCGAUCCGGCCGCGGUUCAUCUUCUCACCACUCAAGUCAGUUUCCCGAUCACGCUCCUCAUUCCCAUCAAGUGGGAGAGCGAGGUCCCAAAGCUGAAGGCUACGGUUGUUGCUCACCUGGACUUCUGGAAUGCCUCGCUUACGGCUGAUGCUCGGACGACCACGAAGUACCAGGAACUGAUGCCGGCAUGGUUGUCGAAGAAGAGGUUCGGCAGGCUUCAGGUUACCUUCCAGCACGCGAGUGACGCUGCCUUUGUCUGGAUGCGGUCGAUCGAGCACGAGCUGGGGAAAGGUGUGUCUUUGACGCUUGACUGGCAGCACCCGGAGAAUGCGACUUACAGGUGCGAGCGUCAGCUGAACCCGGAUGCAGUGGAGGUUUUGUUGAAGUCGGUCCCAGCUGGCGUCUCUCCUGAUCUGAUCCGCAAGAUGCUGACGGAGGUUACGCUGCUGAAAAAAGGGAAGGCUGCUUUUGCCAAGGGUGUGGGCUUUCACAGAGUGCAUGAUCCAGUUACUGGGAUGGACACUGAUAAGGGUCGCGGGAGGACUGGGUGUGUGGUUGCAACCUGCGACAAGGCGCAGGGUGCCAGCUUCGAACAAGCGUCGGCGCACGUUGCGUCGCUCCGUCACAAGACCAAUCUGGCGAAGCCGGGAGCUGCUACUCGUGCCAGCAAGGGAGCAAUCAACUUGGCCACGUUUCGGAAGGACUUCACCAAGUAG